AUGGUAAAUACAAAAGCUGCCCUAGCAAAAGCAACUGAGUAUAUUACCAUAUUGAUAAACAGAGCACCAACAAAGGACAGAACUAUAUGGGUCAAAUGGACACCACCUCCAACCAACAUGUAUAAGCUCAACACUGAUGGAGUUGGGAACCCUGAUAAGGGAGGAGUCGGAGGUGUUUUCAGAAAUACAAGUGGCAACUGGAUUUUGGGCUACAUAGGAAGUGUCCAACAUACUACCAACACACAGGCCGAAUUGCUUGUUAUCCUAAAGGUCCUGCAAAUAGCUGAAGAAAGGCAACUUACACCUUUGGAAAUCAACACAGACUCCACAAAGGUCAAUCGUCCAAAGACUAGGAGACGUGAUGAUGAAGCACAACUACAGGGAGACAAACAGAGUAGCUGA